AUGGCGGCUGUUGAUUCCUCAAUUAAAAAAAAAAGAAAGUUUUUUUUCUUCUCUUUCCAGAGCCUGAACGGGGAGGGGGAGGGGGCGGGGCACGCCGGUGCGUCACCCCCCCGCGGCGUCACUACGCACGGCCCCCGCCCCGCCCCCUCCACCUGCGCCGGCCGCGGCGGAAAGAGCCGAGCGCGCUCGGAUGGAAAGGGCCGAAGGCGCGGUCGUCUUGCGUCGUGCCGCCGGGCGGCGGAGCGGCGGGGCCGCUGGGCUGCCGGGCGGGGGCCGGGCCUGCGGGACGCCGGCACCGCCGCCACUUUUGUUCUGACGGCGACUGGGCGGCGAGGGUUCUGGCUGCGGCCUGGCCUCAAGCCGGGACCCUGGGCGUGGAGUCGGCGCCGACAGGGCCCGCCUGUCCCACGGGGCGACUCUGCUCGGUCCCGGCUUCUCUUGCCGCUGCCCCGCGACCAGGCCUGGCCACUUCCCCUAGCCGGAUACCAGCGAUGUGUCGUGGCCUCUGCAGGUUACACAUUGCCGUCUGGUCCGCCUGCGAGCGGGUGCAGUGGGGAAACCGAGGCAGGAAGUGGCGGGGCCGGAAUUCGAACGCCCCCACGAGAUGUGAGGGGGGUCGCCAGGCUUCUGAGCCCCUGUUCCGCAGCCUGA